AUGUUAGUGGAUAGUAGGUUGGCUUUGAGUGUGAGAUUGGUAGUAGAGUGCUUGCAAGUCGCAAAUGGGGGUGGAAAGCUGUCUAGUUGGAACUCUGACGGAAAUGUUAUACAGGCAAGCUUGAGUGAUGAGGUGACGAAGGAUAAGAUGAAUAUCGUUGGUGUGGCCAUAGAACCAGAGAAGAAAUGUUUGGUCUCCCUGUUCAGAGAUUCGAGUAAUACCUCUCUAGGGCAAGCUAUAUUUUUUUAUAAGGAAAGUUUGGGACUAAAGCAGGAUCUAGAGCUCCCGGUGGAAUAUGAGGAUUAUAUCAAGGAUAUUAAGGAUGAAAUCGAUCCAGUAUUGGAAAGGAUUGCAGAUAAACUAGGGCUUAAAGUCCCAGCCAAUUUCACACUUGAGGAAAAGAAUGAAAGAGAUCAUGAGCCUCUACCACAGUCCAAGAUUUUGGUGCCAGAAGUACCUUCAGAAAGCUCAAAUCGCAGGCGACCAGCAGAUAUGCCAGGUUUCGAAGAUGAGUAUCAGAUCCACGAAUUUGAUAACAGGAUCCAGCCCGGAUUACGUGGUUUGGAGCGCGGAUAUGGCGACUCAGACCUCUAUCCAACUGGCGAGAAGUACCCUAACCUGGCUGAUCCCACCUCUACCAUGAGGCCUCUGCCAUCAAUGCCAGGACAGGGAGGUAUGACCUUUGAUCCUCUGCAAGAACAGGCCAAAAGAAGACAGGAGGAAGAGGGCAGGCUUCAUGGUCCUGGAUGGAUCCCAGGUGCCAAAUUCGACGACCCAUAUGGUCAUCCAGGUUCUGGAGGCAGUAAUUUCCCCGGAUCCGCAGGCAUGGGAUUCGGAGGAGGAGGUUUUAUUUAA